UUGAUGUUCGGUCUAUUUUAUUUGCGCUUUAUUUUUGUUUGUUGUUUCUGGCUUCGCUCGGGUUCACGGACGGGUUUCCAUUUUCACGGCUGGACGCGAACAGAACAACAAUAACAUGGAUCCGGACAUGGAGGACAAAACCCUGGAGCUGAUGUGUUCUUUGCCUCGUUCUGUCUGGCUGGGUUGUUCCUCGGUGGCCGAGAGUCUGUGUGCUCUUAGAUGCCUGCAGAGCCUCCCCACCUCCCGGGCCCACAACCAGAACUUGACAGGGAUGGAGUCACAAACUAACACAGAUGAGGUCUCAUCGAAGAAGACAUCUUUAUAUAAGUUAGCGAACGGUUCAGUGACGGGUUCGAGGAAGAGGGUGUCUCAAGGGAACUACGAGAAGGAAAAAGAUCUGUGCUUCCAGCUGUUUGAUCAGUGGUCAGAAUCUGAUCAGGUGGAGUUUGUGGAGCGUCUCAUCUCACGAAUGUGCCAUUACCAACACGGCCAUAUAAACACUUACCUUAAACCCAUGUUACAGAGAGACUUCAUCACCGCGCUACCAGCUCAGGGUUUGGAUCACAUAGCUGAGAACAUCUUGUCGUUCCUGGACGCUCGCUCUCUGUGCUCGGCUGAGCUGGUCUGUAGAGAGUGGCAAAGGGUCAUCUCGGAUGGAAUGCUGUGGAAGAAACUCAUCGAGCGGAUGGUCCGUACGGAUCUGCUUUGGAAAGGCCUUUCAGAGCGACAUCAGUGGGAGAAAUAUUUAUUUAAGAACCGAACGAACGAGGUCCCGCCCAAUUCGUACUAUCAUUCACUUUAUCCCAAAAUUAUACAGGACAUUGAGACAAUUGAAGCAAACUGGCGUUGUGGUCGUCACAAUCUUCAGAGGAUUCAGUGCCGGUCAGAGAACAGUAAAGGAGUUUAUUGCCUUCAGUACGAUGACGAGAAGAUCAUCAGCGGCCUACGAGACAACUCUAUCAAAAUUUGGGAUAAACAGUCUCUGGAGUGUCUAAAGAUCCUGACAGGUCACACUGGAUCAGUUCUGUGUCUACAGUAUGAUGAAAGAGUCAUAGUGACAGGCUCCUCUGAUUCUACUGUCAGGGUUUGGGAUGUUGGUUCUGGUGAGGUCCUGAACACUCUGAUCCAUCACAACGAGGCGGUUCUGCACCUGCGGUUCUCAAACGGGCUGAUGGUCACGUGCUCUAAAGAUCGCUCUAUUGCGGUGUGGGACAUGGCUUCUGCCACCGACAUCAGUCUACGCCGGGUGCUUGUGGGUCACCGGGCGGCGGUAAACGUGGUGGACUUUGACGACAAAUACAUUGUGUCUGCAUCUGGAGACAGAACCAUUAAAGUAUGGAGCACUAGCACGUGUGAGUUUGUGCGGACACUUAACGGUCAUAAGCGCGGCAUCGCCUGCCUUCAGUAUCGAGACAGACUUGUGGUCAGUGGAUCUUCAGACAACACCAUCAGGUUGUGGGACAUUGAAUGCGGUGCUUGUCUGCGUGUAUUGGAGGGUCAUGAAGAGCUCGUCCGUUGCAUCAGAUUCGACAACAAAAGGAUUGUGAGCGGAGCCUAUGAUGGGAAAAUUAAAGUUUGGGAUUUGCAGGCUGCUUUGGACCCGCGGGCACCCGCCAGUACACUUUGUCUGCGCACACUUGUGGAGCAUUCCGGCCGUGUGUUCCGACUGCAGUUUGACGAGUUCCAGAUUAUUAGCAGUUCCCAUGAUGACACAAUCCUUAUAUGGGACUUCCUGAACGUUUCCAACAAUGGACAGCCAGACGGACGAUCGCCCUCACGAACUUACACGUACAUCUCUAGAUAGCAGGUGCCUCUUCUGUGUGCUAGUGUUUCCUGGGAGAGCUAAGAGCUGAUUGGUUGGUGGCCGUGUCCAUCAAGGAAUGAUGUCAGGGGGCCGCCUCCUCUUCUUUGUCUGGCUAUAAACUUUUACAAUUCUGUAUUCACGCUUUGCCAAUUGCACACUAAAGACACAUGCUACACUACACCACACUCCAAAAAAACAUACGCGAAAUUUAAAACAAAGCUGUUUUAGCACUGUUCUGCUUUUGUAUAGUGGGAAUAUAAGAAGCACAAAAACAGAGACGUUUGAAACCGUAUUUUACUGCUGCUCAGAUAACCAGAGGAAUGGCGUGCUGAAGCUUUGCACCGAUAGCUCAUAUCUACAGGAGGAUAUUUGGAUUCUCCAGAAAGUGACGUACCCUUGAUGGAUAUCUGCGCAUGGACAGAAGACUUUCUGAACUGCUUUAAAAGAAAGAGACUUUGUAGAAGAAAACGAAACUCUUGCAGAAAUGAAAGUUAAGAGAGUACUGAAAGGCUCGUUGCCUUGAUGUUUUCUCAGCACACUUUUCUUUGGGAUCACGGACACGACAAGUUAUUCAGGAUGGUUUUGUGAAGUUGAGGACAGCAUGCAUGUGAAGUUCAGCUGGAUGCCUCUUACACUCUGUCUUUUUGUUUUUUAAUUGUUUUUUUUUUAUUUGACUUCAUCUCUUUGUUAUGAUUGUGCUAGACAUUGUAAAUGUUCACCACUCAGUGUCUUGUUUUAUUUCUGUUUCUCUGCCUGCCUGUUCAUCGAGGGCCGACUAGUUAUAAACGGAACUGUCUUGUCAGAUUGUGUUGUAUAUUACAAGAGGUUUUUUUUUUAAGAAAAAGAUAUCGUGAAUAAAGAACUUAACAAUGUUGA